AUGCGACUUGAGUCACUUUACGAACACGACUACGUGUGGAGACAAACAGCCUUAGGAUGUAUGGUGUUGCACAUACUGCAGGGGAUGUUUCAUUUCAAUGUAACGUAUCCGAAGGAAAAUUAUUUCAACAUGACAAAAGAAGCUAAAAGGGAGGCUUUAGGUCCCCGUGACAAUGACUCUGUGCAUAUAUACGUGAAACCCAUGGAGCUACAAGCCGACAUGUUGGAUAACGCAUAUCCCAUACAAGCAAUAUUUAUGUGGCGGUCGAAAUACGAGAUGUCUUUAGACAAAAACCUCAGUGUUGUGUGGAGUAAAGUGCAGCAACUCAAAAUAUUGGACAUUAAGAGUGCUUUGAAUGCUGUGAUUGACACUAAAACGGCUUUAUUAUCUGACUACAUAUCUCUUUAUCCAAUUUGGAAACGGCACUUUGAAAGGGACGAAAUAUGUCAACUAGUCGAAAUAGAUCUCUAUUCUAAUGUGAAAUAUUAUUUAUUUACGUCUAAGAAUUUUUCAUACAAAGAAGACUUUAAGAUCGGAACUCUCCGUGCAAAAGAAGUCGGUUUGUUCGUGAGGUCGAUGUUUAUAGACAAGUACAGACCAGUUGCAUGUGAACAAUCCAUUGUCCAAUACAACGUCCAAUUUGAGCACACAUUGAUACCAAUGGCUUUACUUCUUUUCGCAUACCUGAUGGCAUUAUUAAUUCUCCUUGGGGAAAAGAUCCAUUAUUACAGAAAUAGAGUGUGGCCUUACGUUGAUUAA